GUGUCUUUUCUACCCAUUUCUUUCAACCGAACGACCUAGACUGGGAGUUGCUGCAACAUGGCCGCUAUGGAAAUGCUUUCAAUGGGCUCGCGCUCGCUCAAUCACUCCAACAGCGAUGCCGAAGCAGAAUACGACCGCCUCCGCGAUCUCGCCCGUCAGGAAGCGGCAAAGCGCAGCUCCUGCUUCGACCGCGCACAUCAAGCCUACGAAUCCGGCGACGGCGGCCGCGCCCACGAGCUCUCUGAGGAAGGAAAACAACACGCUGCCAAAAUGGAGCAAUACAACCGUCAAGCGCGCGACUACAUCUUCCGCGAGAACAACGCAAACGGGCGCGUCCAAGGCGACACAAUUGACCUGCAUGGACUCUUCGUUGAAGAAGCCGAGGACGUGCUCGAAGAGCGCAUCAAGGCCGCUCGAAGCAGAGGCGAAGACCACCUCCAUGUCAUCGUCGGCAAGGGCAAUCACUCCCGCAACCACGUCCAGAAGAUCAAACCUCGCGUCGAGCAGGUCUGCCGCGAACUCGGACUCCAGUACCAGACCGAGGAGAACGAGGGAAGGAUCUAUGUCAAUCUGCAGGGCGGCGCAAUACACCAGAUGCCGCCUGCGCCUCAGCAUCCGCAGUAUGGCGGAGGAGGUUAUCCUGGGCAGCAAGGUGGGCAGCAACAUGGCGGGCAGGCUUGGGGCGGCCAGCAGCAUGGCAACCAGCAGCACGGUGGUCAGAACUACGGCCAGCAGCACGGAGGACAGCAGCAGCAGAGCAACAACAACAACAACAACAACAACGAUGAGAUUGAGCAGAUGGUCAAGAAGGGGUUGCCGAAGUUGCUCAAGAAGCUGGGCUGCUGUAAUGUCAUGUAGGAGUGCGAUGAUACCCUUGGCUUUUGGAUAGAUGGCAUCGAACGGGAGAUGUGUAUGUAGCGUAUCUAGUGACGUUUGUAAGCCCGCACGCUUGUGUGUAGACGGUUCUAUCCUGGAUGUGGUAAUGGCUGGCUGAUGUGUGUAUCUUGGAUGCGCCUGUUUCAGUGCACCAAGGGACAGUGCAGCUGAAUGAGUCACAGUUGUGCCCACUGGUCCGCUGUGCGGUGCUCAGGAAACUCGCCUACAGCAGAGACUUUUCAGCGCGAUGAGAACGUAGUUUAGAGCGUGAGGACCGGCCAUUGUCGAUGUCGCAGCCACUUCAUUGUAUGUUGCAAGUCGAUCGACUGUAAACGGCAAGUCAAUAGAAAUGUCCCCAUUAGUACCAUGGUACUGGAGGGUUGCUGACCCCUAC